AAGAGCUCUUAUCUCUUGAGCUGUGCAGAGCUGAUUUUGCCUUGGAAGGGGCACAAAAAGCAAGGAUGGUUUUCUGAGUUCAGGAUUUCAGUGUCGUUUUUGAAGGUACUGAAGCAACUGCUACCCAAUGCUCUGGUGAAUGUAUCAUGUGGACUUUCCUGGCCUCACGUGAGACUGAAGUUCUUCACUAAAGAUGGACGAUUUUGCUUUACUUGACCUGUUGGAAUGUCCUGUGUGCUUUGAAAAGCUAGAUGUCACGGCCAAGGUGCUACCAUGCCAGCAUACCUUCUGCAAGCCUUGUCUACAGGGGAUACUGAAAUCCCAAAAUGAGUUGAGGUGCCCAGAGUGCAGAACUCUAGUCUACUGCAGUAUUGAAGAGUUACCAUCCAACUUGCUUCUAAUUCGCUUACUGGACGGUGUCAGAUAUGGACAAAAUGUUACGAGGUUUGGCUCAAUCCAAAGAUCUCGGGUCCUGACCUCUCCUGCCUCAAUCAGGAGAGACAGGGGAGAUCCAAGAGGUUUACAACUUAAUCAGUACAGGCUGGCACCAAAUCCCAGGAUCCAUAUGGAAGGGGUUCCCAGGGCCAGAGCCCUGUACAGCUACAGAGGACAAAACCCUGGUGAACUGAGGUUCAAUAAAGGGGACAUCAUCAUAUUGCACCGACAGCUGGAUGAAAAAUGGUACCUGGGAGAGAUCAAUGGGGUCAGUGGGGUUUUCCCAACCAGCUCAGUGCAGGUUAUCAAACAACUUCCACUGCCACCACCCCUGUGCAGAGCACUUUACAACUUUGAUCUGAGAGAGAGAGAUAAAAAUGAAAAUAAGGACUGCCUGACAUUUCAUAAGGGCGAUAUCAUCACAGUGAUUAGCAGAGUUGAUGAGAACUGGGCAGAGGGCAAGUUAGGUGAUAAAAUAGGGAUCUUCCCCAUCUUGUUUGUGGAGCCAAACAUGACUGCAAGACAACUCCUCCAGACAAAGAAAAGCCACCGAUCCUCCCCGUUUAAAUAUUCAUCACCCUUAAGGACAGCCUCUCCCAGAGCGAAAGGCACAGAGUCACCAACCUUCCGCAAGGUGUCAGAAUCUAGGAGGAAGAGCCUGAAACCAUUUUCUAUCACGAAUGCCUUGAAUUCACUCAACAGGAUGGUCCACUCACCCACAGAGCGGCAGACACUGGAAAUCAGCUCACCAGUGCUCAUCAGUUCCAGUAAUCCGACUGUGGCAACCCAGAGCAGUGAGAAAGUAGAAUUCCCAUAUGGCACCCCUGUCCAGGUCAGCGCUUCUUAUUAUACUGCACCAGGAUCCCUGGGGCACUCAACUGCCAUCGUCACCCUUCCCCAUCUUCAGCAACACAUAUCAGCUAAUAUGUGCGUCGCUCUACACUCCUACACUGCUCAUGGUCCGGAGGAGCUGGAUUUGCAGAAGGGAGAAGGUGUUCGUGUUUUUGGGAAGUACCACGAAGGCUGGCUCAGGGGGAUGUCAUUGGUCACUGGAAGAGUUGGGAUCUUCCCCAGUAACUAUGUCGUACCCCUUUUCAGGAAGUCACCCAAUUUCUCUGAAUCCAGGAUGCCUUCCCUGUAUGCCACUUGGACAUUAUCCACUGCAUCACUCUCCUCCCAGGGGAGCAUCUCAGAGAAUGGCCCAAGGCAGAGCAAGCCUUUGAAAUCGGCCUUCAUGCCCACGGUGCUGUCCUCGCCACUGAGAAACGUAGCUGUGCCAGCCACCUCAGGACAAACAUCACUGAGGCGAGGACGCGGCAGUACCAGGAAAAAUGGAUCACUGCAGAGACCUGUGCAGCCCGGAGCUCUCUCUCAGGUUGUCGGCUCCCUCAGUCGCACCCCAGCUGCCACGGUGCGGCCCCAGCAACUUCAGCUUUACCAGCAUGUCUCCUCUCAGCCCCAUGGCACUGCUGGCAUGGUGGACCCAGGAGCCAGGCCAAGUGCCUCCCACGAUGCUUCAUUGCUGCUUGUGCCCAGGGCGGGUGAAAGCAGAUCUCCUUCUGUAUGUAGCUCAAUGAUCCUGGAUGCCAAAGAAUCCCCAGCAAAAAGCGAACCUGCUCCAAAGCCACCUCCAUCAGCUCCGCCCUCCAUCCUGGUGAAACCAGAUACCUCCCGGAACAGCACCGAAAAGCAAGUGAAAACGGUGAGAUUUCAGAACUACAGCCCGCCUCCGUCCAAGCGACACAGCUCACAGCCAUCACCAAACCAUCCAGGUGGCAAAACUGAGCAGGGAGCAGCCACAGAGGCAGCCCAGCCAGAAGCAAACACCCUGGGCCCUGACAUGACAGCUCUCUAUUCACACCGAAUCAGCUCCAGCCCAGUGCAUCCGAGGAGGACACUGCACCCAAAGACAUCAUCGCUGGAUCUUUCUGCCCAGGCGGGGCAACUGACCUUCCCUACCAAAAAGAACUACAGCAGCGUUUCCGAGAACUGACAGGUUUUUUCCAUUUAAUUGCUUUCCUUUUCAAAUGGGGUUUUCUCCUCUGUGAUAAAACAAGCUCGCCACAGACCUCACACCAACCUGCCACCACUCCCGCUUCUCCUUACAAGAGCUAGAGAUCCAGUCAGGAACUUACCAGACCUCAGUUCCAUAGGAAGCAAGGCCUCCUUCAGGCACUCAUGAUAUCUGCAGGUGGCUAGCCAGUAACUUGGGGGUCUCUGUGGAACUGGGAUGGGGUCAGCACCCCUCUCUAAUUUUAUGGUAGAGUCUCAUUUUAAAUGCAUAUGACCCACAUCCUGCAAUCCACAUCUGUAUGUCAUGGCAAUGCAUCCAAAGUCAUCAGCCCACACUGCCCCAAUGAGUAGAUGCAAGCACCACAGAUCAACAUGGAAUGGGUUUGUGGUCCCCACAAAACCAGCGUUCUCUGGUAUCCUCCAAUAUCUUGCAGCCAGCCUUAUAGAAAAGUGGAAGAGGGAAAAAGUGUGCAUAUAUCAGAAAUAGUUAAACCUUUUUUGGUCUCCUCUCUGCUAUGAAAACCCAUAGAGAUCAAAACUCUGGUUCAUUACCUUUCUCAGCUCUACAGGAUAAAGAAACCAUAAAUCAAAUUCAGGCAGUUCCUGGAUGAAUUUUCAAGUUCCCCUUUGAUGGGUUUUUGCUUCAGUUUUUGAGCCUGAGAGUGGAGGUAAUUUUCUGGGGAGAUAACCCUGCCCUGCAAUCAGUACUAAGCUGCAGCUGUUUAUGACAGUCAUUGAGUCCUUGCAGUCAUGUGAUUUGGAUCUUGCUUCUGCUGAUUGGUUGUUUUUUUUUCUGAUUUGUGCACAGUAUAGGCAACACCAAAAAGAUGCCUGUGAUGCAGCUGCAAUGCUAUUUCCCCCUAUUUAAAUCCUAAAUGGAUUUUUAAAAAUCCGGGUCUAUGUUGAGGUUCAUGAUGUCUAGGUAUGCAGCAAAGACCCAAA